AUGAGUUCACAAGACCAUUUGGAGGAUGAUUUUGAAGGCGAAUUUCGAUCGAUUAGAUAUUUGCCUAAACGGAAAAUAGAUAAUGAAGAGCUGGGGGAGUUAGCAACAAAUUCUCUGAAUCUGUAUGUUACUAAUAAAAGAAGCAAAAAAGUAUCGGUGGUGGCUGGUAGUAGUGGUGUGGAUACAAGUCCAGACGACCCCUUAAAUAAAACUGGAUAUUCCAAAAUUGCCACUGAUCUUGCCAAACCCCUACCAGAAACCUCAGAAGAUGAUAUUGAAAUUGUGAAAACCCAAUUGCUUGAUCAACUAAAUGGAAAUUUUGAAAUAUUUUCAUCAACUCCAUCUGUAUCUGAAAAAUAUACUGAGAUUUAUUCAAUAUUUGAACGAACUAUCAGAGACAAGGAAAGCCAUUCGGUUUUAAUGGUGGGGCCUAGAUCUAGUGGAAAAACAACGAUUGUCAAGAGUGCCUUGAAAGAGUUAGACCGCAAUUACAACGGUGAGUUUAUUUCUAUAUAUUUGAAUUCCUCAGUUCAAACAGAUGAUAGUUCCGCUCUUCGAGAAAUAGCAAGACAGUUGGAUAUCAACGUGAAGAAAGACGUUGGUGACGAUGGUUCUGAACCGAUGGGAUUAACAAAUGAGAAGAUCGGGUAUGCAAGUUUUGAAAAAAAGUCAAUAAAUGACACUUUUUCCAAUAUAUUAAGUGUAUUGACUAGCCAUAAAGGGGAGCGGGAUGAAAGGAUGCCGUUGGUUUUUGUAAUUGAUGAAUUUGAAAAGUUCACGGUUGACAACAGACAGACCUUGUUGUACAAUUUGCUAGAUAUCUCGCAGAGUAGCGCCACUCCAAUAUGUGUUGUGGGUCUAACGACAAAAAUUACCACGAAGGAAACGUUGGAGAAGAGAGUUAGUAGCAGAUUUUCUCAAAGGGUGAUUUCUUUGGUUCAUGAAACUUCAUUAGACAACUUCUGGGAUAACUGCAAGGCAUCACUUUUGUUGCAAGAUUCCACUAUUAAUACAUUGAAAAAUCCAGAAUAUGGGCUUCUGUGGAAUGAGCAUAUUGAGCAAUUGUACUGUAAAAAGAACAGCCUUCUUAGAAACAUGGUUGUUCGGAAUUAUCACUCCGUAAAAGAUUAUCGAAAGUUCAACAAUGCUUGUAGAGUUCCAGUUUCAAAGCUAUCUGCACAUCAUGCAUACAUUGAGGAGGACUACUUCAAAUUACGCAGCGCCGGUAGCAACGGGGUGCAGGAUUUGGUGACUUCAUUAUCAGAUUUAGAAUUGCUUUUGGUCAUUGCUGGUGUAAGAUGGAUAGAGAAAUUUGAAAUUCAAACUAUAAAUUUUAACUUGGCCUACACAGAAUAUCAGGAGAUGGUCAAAGACUUCAAUACUGGUAACGCAAUUGUCAGUUCGGCCUCUUUAGACAACAGAAUUGCGGCAAGCAUCAAAGUGGAUAGAAGAGUUUUAUCCCGAAAGGUGUCGCUAAAUAGUUGGGGCACGUUGUACAAAUUAGGGAUAUUAUUGGACCCUAAAGGUGAUACUGUUGAAGCUCAAUCUAACACCUACAGCUACCAUAUCAACAAAAACUUGAUUAUAGAGGAAAACCAAAUGGUGUUGGUAGAUAUCACGCUCGAUGAGUUGAACAACUUCAUAGAAGACAAGCAUGCGUUCAAAAGAUUUGUUAGGUUGUAG